UCCCCGGCCCGGCCCGCCCCGCCGCCGAGGAGAGGACCUGCUUCCGGCCCCGGGUGGGCGCCGGCUGGGCUCGCCGCGCGCCGCGGAGCGCGGCCCAGGGAGCGUCGAUCCCCCGAACGCUGGCGCCGGAAGCUCGGGCCGCGGCUGCGCGGGGAGAGCGCCGGUGCGGGCGCGGGGCUCGGCGAGGGCCAUGAACGGGACCGCGAACCCGCUGCUGGACCGCGAGGAGCACUGCCUGCGGCUCGGGGAGAGCUUCGAGAAGCGGCCGCGGGCCUCUUUCCACACCAUUCGCUAUGACUUUAAGCCAGCAUCUAUAGAUACUUCAUGCGAAGGAGAGCUUCAGGUUGGCAAAGGAGAUGAAGUCACAAUUACACUGCCACAUAUCCCUGGAUCCACACCACCAAUGACUGUGUUCAAGGGGAACAAACGGCCCUAUCAGAAAGACUGUGUGCUUAUUAUUAAUCAUGACACUGGUGAAUAUGUGCUGGAAAAACUCAGUAGCAGCAUUCAGGUCAAGAAAACAAGAGCCGAGGGGAGCAGUAAAAUCCAAGCCCGAAUGGAACAGCAGCCCACUCGUCCCCCACAGCCAUCACAGCCACCACCACCUCCACCACCUAUGCCAUUCAGAGCUCCAACAAAGCCUCCAGUUGGACCCAAAACUUCCCCCUUGAAAGAUAACCCCUCACCUGAACCCCAGCUGGAUGACAUCAAAAGAGAGCUCAGGGCCGAAGUUGACAUUAUUGAACAGAUGAGCAGCAGUAGUGGGAGCAGUUCCUCAGACUCCGAGAGCUCAUCAGGAAGCGAUGACGACAGCUCGAGCAGCGGGGGUGAGGACAAUGGCCCAGCGUCCCCUCCGCCGCCCGCACACCAGCAGCCCUACAACAGCAGGCCGGCCGUAGCCAACGGAACCAGCCGGCCGCAAGGAAGCAACCAGCUCAUGAACACACUCAGAAAUGACUUGCAGUUGAGUGAGUCUGGCAGUGACAGUGAUGACUAGAGUCGGAUCUUUCGAAAUCAGCUCCUCGUGCACAGAUGUGCUGCUGGAUCAGGCUGCACUCGCAUGGAGCCCCCUUGCUGAGAGGGACGCGCUAUGGAUCAGUGACUGUAGUAGGAGUUUGAGGCUCUGGAGGUCUCAGAUAUUCAAGUCUUUAACUUAGUGGUGAUGGGUGAUUUUCUCGUGUAAUUUUCAAACAAUCUCAUGUUGCAAAGUAGAACUAUGGAAGAACUAACAGAAUUAUAUUUCUUUUUGGUUAACACUAUUCCUGAAAAACAGACCAAUGUACCCUGGUCUAGGUUACUCAGAGGCCGUUAUCUUUAGCAGACCAGUGAUUCAGUUUUAAACCUCAGCAGCCACAGUUUGCCCCAGUGGUUUGCACCAGUGAAAUGAAACCUGGUCUUUGAGGGGUAGGAGAGAGAGGGAAACCUCAAACUGCAGCACAGAAGUAUGUUAAAACCACUUUAAACUGUUGAGACAAAGUGGUAAGGAAGUUUUGUCUGACCCAGUCUGAUAAGCCUGUGUAGAAAUGGACUUCAGGAGGGAGUCCUAGAGUGUCCUCCUGAGGGUACACUAGAGCUAUGCUAGCUCAAGCCCCUCAUUUACAAAUAAGGAAAAAGAAGCCCACGGCUGGCUUAUGGUCGGUCUCCUACCCCCAGUCCAAGCUUUUCCUGCUGCUCCCUCCUUUGAAUCUCAGUGGUUGGAACCAGAGAUUCUCAUGCAAGACAUUGAUAGUUGAACAUCAGAGCUUUUAUUCGAUUCCAAAAGACAAAAGUGUUGGGUACUUCUGGCUCAAAUUCUGAUCCAAAAAGUCCCUAAGUACAUGAGUCUGGGUGGGCAGAUUAAACCAGCAGCCACUGUGUUAACACCUGCGAUUCAGUCAGAUUGGGGCUUUUAGUUCCAUGUAGAUCCAUGCUACAUGUGCUUCACUCAGUGCAUUUUAGUAGGGGGAGGUAGGAGUGGAAGAGCGGUAUAGUGAAGGAAUCUUUCUGAACAAAAGAAUCAGCAGCAGGUUUUCAAAAACCAGAAUCCAGAUAGGAAGCAGUUCUGCAAUAUGAAAUGAGCACAUUCUUGGAGAAGGCAUUUCUGUUCAUGCUUUUGUACCACUGUUUGUGCCUGACUCCCAGAACAAUUUGUAUUUUUGAUAUACAACUAGAAGAAAGUCACAAGAUUGCCUUUUUGCAGUGUGCAUUUUCCAAAUGAAUGUUACAGGAAACUAGUCACUAGUAAAUGUUCCAUAUUGAGUAAAUGUGUGACAAAUUGUCCCGUGAUUAGUAUGGAGUAGCCCAUUUCUGUAAUUUGAAUGAAUACAAUUUGAAUGUCCUGAGAAAUUUCCAUUUACUUUGGUUCAGUGGGUAUCAAGAACGUUAAAAAUGAUUUUCCUUCCUUGGGUUCCUGCACCCAAAGAUGGCCUCUGCUUCCCCAGCUAGCAGAUGGAAGCCACCUGGACCUGGAAAGGAAUUAGAGGAUUCAUGGUGGGGGCUUUGGUGAGAGUUGCAUCUUACAGAAUCACCAGUUUGAUGCACACAGUGGCUCCAGUGAACUGGAGAUGCAGGCCCAGCGCCAUUAUCCAGUGGCACACUCACUCCCCCCACCAAGUAUAGGUAAUAGGGACACACUAGAACUCUGUGGUGGGUUCUCAGCCCAUCCUGAGGUUUCCGUGGAUUUAAUGGUAGGUAGGAAUUUAUAAUGAAUUGGUAAUUGUUUUAUAAUUCCUUGGUAAUGACAGCUCAGGGAAGGUGAAGGUCUUGAUUGGGAGACUUGACUUGUUACUGGAUGUGGGAAUUGUUUCACUGAUCUUAACUUGCUCAAGCUGGGGCAGGUUCCAGGAACUUGAACUAAAAAAAAAAAUCUAUUUAAGCCUC